AUGGCCACAUUAACGGACGAGCAAAGCAUACAAUCCCACCCCACCCGCACCCGGUCAUUCGGGGGGUGCACUACGUGUCGAAGCCGACAUGUGAAAUGCGACGAAGGCCGCCCAACAUGUGCCAUGUGUCGGUACUUCGGGUUCGUCUGUGCAGGCUACGAGAAGGGCAUCUUUUUUGACUUUGAGAGUUCGACGGACGAACGACGCUUCCGUCGGCCCUUGCUUACAGAGGCGGAACAAGAGCGUAUGAGCCAAUGGCUUGUUUCAAGCGUCCCACCGGAGUCUGCCCUGCAGUUACUGACUCGCAUUGACGAUCUGUGUGAGAAGGCGGCUCCUUUUCGGGAUCUACAGGUGGAUUGUGGGCCUUUCGGGGCGUUCAGAUUGAGUCAAUUACCUUCCGCUCCUUCACCGGAUAUCGUUCCAGAAGAAACACUGGAUCCAUUGAGCAGUAGCCCACCAGAGGACGUGGUUAGAUUCGACGACGAUUUCACAGCUUCAUCAGAACCCCCAUUGACGCCGCGUACUCAGAGAAUCCUCGAGUCAAUAUUCGGCCAGGCGCCCAACCCGACAUCCCCAGAUACGGAUACAGGAGACAUGGCAAUGGACCUCUGUCGCAUUGAAGCCGUGCUCAACGAUGCACCUCUAUCCAACUUCCAAGACUUCCCCAUGACAUCCAUGACAGCAGAACAACAGCCCCAGUACCUACACAAUACCGACCUAGCCCCAAUACCUCCCCCAAACCCCUGUUUCUCCCUAACGACGACCAGCAAAACAGUCCCCCAAGAAGUAAUGCUCUUACUAAAACACUACACAACAACCGUGAUAAGCCUCAUGACCCCAAUCCGCCACGCAAAAACCCCCUGGCACAUCCUCUUCAUCCCCCACGCCAAGACCUGUCUCGCAGCCCUCACUCUAAACGAAGACCUCGACAACGCCAGCCUAGCAGCCUUCUACGGCAUACUGGCAAUCAGCGCAUUCAGCCUCAGCGGCCUCUCCCAGUCCCAGAUGUGGCUGGCCCAGGGAACCGCCUACAAGCAACAAGCGCUUAAACACGCCAAACUAAUGUUGAGAACGGCAUACGAUAUUCCAAAAGUGUCCAAGUAUAAAUCCACAAUGAUCGCCCUCCUCACCAUGGUCUAUGUAUCAAUGUUCUCUGUCGACAGGGAGCAAACAGAAUACUUCUUCCUGGAAACGGAAAGACUUAUUAGGUUGCGGGGUCUGAAACGGAAGAAAUCACGCAAGGUCCGUCUGCUCCACCAUUGCUAUGCCUUCGAGCGGUUCUUCUACGAGAGUACCUUUACGGGAGGUAUGAACUCACGCCAACGACAUUAUUUCCGGCGAUCUAUUGAAUCGAGCGGUCUGGCUCAAUAUAGUAGAGAUGACCUUUCCUUCCGGCUACGCGGAUGGGAGAAUCUCGAUCAGGAGAUGAUGGAAGUGAAGAGUCAGGAAGACGGGGAAAAUGAUUUACAUCUUGAACGGCCGGGGAUCUUCUCGGCGACUCUGUACCCUGAGAUCUUUGGCGUCCCGGAAUCAUGGGUUCAGUUGUUAUCAUUGGUGAUUCGGCUCGGGAGGGAGAAAGAUAUCGCAGAGAGUCAUGAUCUGCCGAAUCCACUUACUUUGAAAGACUUUUCGAGUCGGGCGAAGGCAAUUGAGAGGCGGAUUAAUAACCUCGAACGGCCGGGUCAAGCCCAGCUUGAUGAGCAUUUGAAUGAUAUGCUUGAUGCGAUGCACCAGGCGUUGUCUAUCUACUUCUACCGAAGGGUGUAUGAUAUGGAAGCUUCGAUACUGCAGCAGAAGGUCAUUGCUGUCAGGGAUUGUCUGUGGCGUUGUGCGGAUCCUCCUAUGUUGCAUGCCUCUGCCGGGGUUAUUUGGGCUGCUUUUAUUGCUGCUUGUGAGGCUGAGGAUCGGGAGCUGCAGAUGUCGUUUUCGAAAUGGUUCCAGGAUUCGGCGCAGCGCAGUGGGUUAUCUUCGUUUCGGGAGACAAUGACUCGGAUUGAGAAAAUCUGGAGAGAGAAACGUUGUGGGAAUGGGAUCAGUGCCACAUGGCUUAAUUUGAUGAGAAUAGAUGCUUCUUUUACGGUAGGAUAG